UCACCCGAACUUUCCCCAGACGUAAGUCGCAGCAACUGCUACACUUAUCGUUGACGAAAUUUCGCAGUUUCGCUAUGGCGUCUGCUUUGGGCCGGGUGUGCAACUAUCGGAGGCUGAUGUCCAAUAUUUAUGGACAAGCUCGCUUGAUUUCUACUUCAAAAAAUAACAGAGAAACUGCUACUGUGUCUGAACCAGUGGAGCAGUUACACCCCAAACGAGAAGAAAAGAACUGGAUUAGCUAUGGUUUCGAUAUGAAGGAUAAGGAAGAGGACAGAAACGCAAUGCAUUCGACAAUGUUUUUUUCUGUUACAUUGUGCCUCGUUGUAGGCUCUUUCAUAUGGGCGUAUAGUCCGGAUUACCAGAACCGUGACUGGGCGCAGAGAGAAGCGUUUUUGGAAAUCCGAAGGCGAGAAGCACUGGGUCUACCUCACAUCGAUCCAAAUUUGAUAGAUCCAGACAAGGUUAUUCUUCCUACAGACGAAGAAUUAGGUGACACAGAAAUUAUAAUAUGAACAGGAUGUUUGGACGCAAGUGCUGAAAUAAUAAGUUAUUGUAUGGACGUCAAACAUGUAAUAGUUGCUGUCGAUGUGAUGUGAUUUGUGAAAAUUAACACGUAUUCUGUAACGAAUGUUUAUAUAAUUGUUCACUGUGUCGAUAAUAUUCAUAUGAAAAUUUUGAUUGAAAUAAAAUAGCAUUUGGAAUUUGA